AUGUUUUUGGGCGACAUUGUCUCCUUUAAAAAACAACAAAAAUUUCGCGAUGAAAUUUCACUACAUCCUCAAUGGAAUCGUAUCUAUGAUGAAGGUCAUUCAUAUUGGAAUGGUGCUCUUCAAGAUAAUCGAGAUCGUGGCAACCAUGCAUAUUUUUGCCCUAUUGGAUGGAAAAGACAUUCUCUUCAUGUUACUGACAACUUUGACGGCAAGUUUAAAGGUUGGUGUGUUUGUUAUCAUGGUACAAAAUUUGCAUAUGGGUUAUCGAUUUUGUUAAGUGGAUUGAAGUCGGCCAAUGCCAUAGAACAUGGCUCAGGAAUAUAUGUCAGCCCAUCAAUUAUUUAUGUAGCCCAUCCAAGGUAUUCUGAAAUCAAACGAAUUGAGUCAUCAGAUCAAGAGAAGUUCUUUAAAAAAGGUCAAUAUAUCCAAUUUGUAUUACAAUGUCGUGUUCACCCAGAUAGUAUAAAGACAAUAGCACAUGAAACAUUGGAUGCUAGUAAGACUACUAUUGAUUCUAAUAUAAAUAACGAUGUUAUUGAAUGGGUUAUUGGUAUUAAAAACAACGACAUUAUUGAUUUCAAUGAUCCCAAUGCUCCGAUUGUUUGCACUGGACUAAUGAUACGGGUUACAGAUAAUCAUCCUGGUUUAUUAGCUGAAUCGCAAUGGUGGUAUGAAUCACAUCUUUGUAACAGAGGAACUGAUUGUUGUGCGUUGGGUAUUGAUCUUGAAGAAUUAAAAAAGCAAAAAGAAGAGAAUAAGGAAUGUAAUAUUAUUCAUGCAUAA